UACCGUAGUCGUCACUCGCCCGAUGCCAGUUACUGAAGACGAGGUCGUCCCACAAACGCCAUUUUCUGUUGUUCCUCGGUUUUAUAACCCACACUGGAGUGUUAUCAACAACUUGCUUCGAUCGUGUCAUGUGAAUAAAGCACAAUUUAUCCGUAAAACAAUUCAGUGUCAAGUGCAAACAGUGACUGACUUUGGAUUUUAGUGUGAACUCGGUGAUACCUCGAGGGCGAUGCCCGAACACGCGACCGGGGGUGCGUCGGCGGAUAUGAUGUCAAGGGAUCCAAAGCGGUGAGUGGGUCUUGUGGUACCUCGAGUGAGUCUCCAUCGCUAUAAAAAAAACUCCCCAAGAUGCCACUACCAAAGAGACUGGUUGAACCAGUGCACGUAGCACGUGGUACAAUACCAGAGUCAUUUCCACUGCCAUCGGAGCUUGAGGCUGCGACAAAUGGCACACUUGCUAACACUAUAAGGCAACUGUCAAGUUUAUCCCGACACGCUGAGGAUUUAUUCGGUGAAUUGGCGAGGGAAGCGCACACACUGAGCGAUCGUGCUAAUUCACUGCAAGCGAGAAUAGACAGAUUGGCUGUCAAAGUUACCCAGCUGGACAGUAAUGUCGAGGAAGUCUCCCUGCAAGAUAUUCACAUGAGGAAGGCCUUCAAGAGCUCUGUGGUAUUCGAUCAGCAAGUUGUUUCCAGGGAUACCAUGCCCACAGCUAUGCUGGAGACUUAUCAGCAGUGCGACACACCUCCGCCACUCGAUAAACUCAAUGUCUACAGGGAGGAUGGCAAAGACGGAUUGAAAUUCUACACAGAUCCAAAUUACUUCUUCGAUCUGUGGAGUCAAGAAAUGCUCAAGGAUACAGAGAAAAAAUUACACGAUCGGGGCAAAAAGACCGAGUCUGAAUAUGCCGAACCGUUCAGAGAGCCACACAGGCCUCGGAACGAUGGGGGCGGUGGUGGAGGUGGUAGACACAAGAAGCGUGUGAGACAACCCCACAACACGAGAGAGAGACAGCGACAAUUGGCGGUCGGUCAUGGGGAGUACAUAAUGCCGACCCAGGGAGUUCAGUAUCGAACGCCCCAUAAUAUUACAGAUGAAUCAUUACUGGGAUUGGUAAUGACUGAUCCAAGACCACCGAGACCCAACAGUAUCGAGUUGAGGAGAAGUUAUCCAGCUGAUGAGCAGAAUUUGUACAGUCCACCAACGGCUAAUGAUCAUUAUAGGUCGACAAAUUACUCAGGCCAAGCUUAUGACGACGGUAGUCUCUACAGUUCUCACUAUGCACCCGGCCAGAUUCAGCCAGGCAGUGAGACCUACCAAUCGCCGGGUCAAAGUACACCAAGCAGAGGUGGUAAAUCUCGACCGUCUCAACCACCCCCAGCUCCACCCAGCAAUGCCUCGAGCAAUUCAACUCCGACAAUUGCAUCGGCAAAUAAUACCCCAACAAGGGGUAGAUCAAUGAGCACAGGGAGAGAUACACUUCCACCACCGCCACCACCACCCGGUGAAAUAAUGUCACCACCGUCGAUUAAUGGUACAAUACCAGCGCAUUUGCUCAAUAGAAAUGGCAGUCGUUCAAACAGCCCUCUACCGAGCCACCAUUCAACCCCAACACCACCGAAUCAUGGAAUACCAAUGGGGAUUGAUGAGCCUGAUCCAGCACCACAGGAUUUACCACCACCACCACCAACACCAGAUCCAAUACCAACAAGGCCGAUAUCACCGCCAUGCAACAUUCCACCACCACCACCACCUCCACCACCACCACCAGUUGCUAAUGGACCGAUGCAAUCUGUACCACUUACUAAUGGAGAUAUUGCUAAGAUGAUUGCUACUAAUCCACCAAAAUUGAGACCCAUCAAGAAUAUGGUCGAUGGACAAAUCAAGAAACCACCAAACGCUAACAUUCCUAUUGUCGAUCCCAGAAAUGAUCUGCUGAAGGCUAUCAGAGAUGGAAUUAAACUCCGAAAAGUGGAAAAAAUUGAACAGAAGGAGGUGGAGCGCGUCAAUGCGCUGAAUGACGUGGCAUCGAUAUUGGCACGACGUGUGGCCGUUGAAUUCAGUGACAGCGAUUCAGCGUCGGAAAGCGAGUGUGACAGUGAGGGCUGGGGUGAGCAGGACUCGAGUUUAGCGUGACCCGUGUCGUAUCCACCCACAGCAUCUGUCUCGUAAACUAUCACAACAAUGUUUGAUGAGUGAAAACAGGAUUAGUGAAUUCGAUGAACGCUGUUGAGAAUUUGUGUAUAAAUUUUCCGCAGAGAAUCAUUGAAAUUCAAGACUAUUCUUUCAAUUUUUAGACAGUUAGGAAUGUGCCCUAUGGGAGGGUGGACAUUCGUGUCGAAAUAUUUGGGAAUUAUGCGAUUCAAGUUCGUAAGAAAUUCUUUGAUGUGAAAGACAAAUAUAGAGUUAUCAAUGACGGUGAUCAGUCGAUGUAACCCGAACAUAAAAAAAAAUCGAUAGAAAUUGAGAGAUAAAAAAAAAAUUCCAACUGUUCAAUAAUUUGUAUUUAACGCGCACAUUACUGUAUCCUCAACGCAAUAAAUAACUGUUCUGAAAGCGCAUAAUAGGUACAUUCCGCAAGUACUAUUGAUAAGUGAUAAAGGAGAAAUUAUAACGGAUCUUCUAUUCAUUAUUCUUCGUAUGUACGAGUGCUUUCUCUCAAUAUAUUGAAAAGAAUGAAUUUAAUUCAAAGGCCAAUAUCUCCUCGGGCAUAACGAGUCCUAGAUACGAAACAAAAUAAUUAACAAAAAACUAUUGAGAAGGCAAAUACUCCAUUACCAUAGGCUAAAUAAAUUUUUUAAAAAUCAGAUCUUCGUAAUUUCUUCCAGCCGAGCGCGAGAUAGAACGGACAACAACAAUUGUGAUUUACAUUUCAUCAAUAACAAUUUACUGAGAACAACAAUUCUUUAAAGAUAUAUAAACAUAUAUUGAUUGUUAAGAUAACACAUAAUUAAAUGUGUUAGUCUGAUGGAUAUGAAUAAUUAUCAAUGUGAAUUGGAAAGAUGUUUUACACAAAGUGUUUGAUUGGUGAAUAUUCGAUGCUUGUUAAUAUAAUCUAAAGCUGCACGUAAAUUAAUAAAUUGAUUAAUGAUUAAUAAAAAUUUAUAAUCCUCCGUAAUGCACAGCCCUGUAUAAAAUGCUAGGGAGAGGAACUAUUUCUUCAUCAACGACGAGUGUAAAUUUAUUAAUUAUAAUUUAAGAGAUAGUAAACGGUGAAAGCCCUAGGAAACCAAUAAAAUUUAUGAUUCUUCAAUGUAACAUGUUUAUACAUACAUAUAAUGUACGAAACUUCAAAUGGAAGGUAAACUAGGUGUAAGCUGAUUUUAAUAUCUAAAAUGUUAUUUCCGCCAACUACGACACAGUAUUUAUCUCGUAAUAUUCAUAUUUCAAGUCCUUUUCUAUGGGAAAUAGGGGUGAGACUGCACUGAAAUUUUAUUUAUUUAUUUAUUCCUUCAAAAUUCAUUGAAUGGAGACAGAAAAUUGAGAAAUAAUAGAAAUGAUGAUUAACUCAAGUUGAUCUUUUGAACAGAGAUAAAGUUUAUUUGCGUAGAAUUUUUUAAAAUGGAUCUUUUAAAGAUGUGCGCUUGGUAAUAUUCAAUGGAUUCAUUUUUUGGUAGAAAUUGGGUAGACUUGGAAAACCAAUCAGUGUAGACAUAGGGAGGGGUAAAUGUAAGGCCCUGCAGUUUAAAAAUUUCAGUACAGUUUUGGCUCAGAAUAAAAGGAUGAUGAAACAGCGAGAGGUAAUGUAUUGAGAAUAAUGUAAAUUCAAGAUACGAAGUAUCAACGGAAUUCUUAACAUUAUCCACGAAGAAGGGAACGGCUAUGAUUAAUAAUUAACCAUAGAGAUGGUGAAUAUACCGCAUGUAUAAAUUAACAUGAUUAUAAUUCCGUUUGCACUCGGAAUAAUGAAUUCAGAAAAAAGAGAGGUGGUUCGAUGCUAAUUUUCUACCCUACGUCAACAAAAAAAUGUGCAUCAUUGAGAUGUUUUAUUUGACUGGGGGGCAAAGAGUGCGGAUGAUAUUUCACGUAAUAAUUAAUGUAAUUGUAUUAAUGGAUAAUGAAAUUUGUAGGUAAAAUGAAGAGAAACAUUGUACAGAGCCAAAUAAAAUCAAAAAAUUUCAUAAAUUAUGGAAA